CAUAUUUAAAAAGCUUUUGUUGUUCUUAUCAUUUUUUUGCAAAAAUACUUCAUUUUAAUUUAUAAAAGUUGUUUUACUGAAAAAAAAUGUAUUUUUUAUUUGUUUUAGCAUUGUUUUUAAUUUUUAAUAAUUCGUCAGCUAUACCAAUAAAUUCUUCAGAAAAUAUACCUAAAUCACAACGAAAAGAACAAGUUGUUAAAAUAGCAAACGAUUUUAAGAUGGAAAUUUUGAAAGAUGUAAUUAAAAAUGGUGUCAUGACUUCUAAAGAUGUCGAUGUUAUUAUUGAGUUAGAUAAGAUAAGUAAACAAGAUUCACCGGACGAAAACAAAAUUUGCUAUUCAGAUUUCUUCGAUAUGAUCUCAAAUAUACAAACAAAACUAAAUAAAAAACUAACUAUACCUGAUAAAUUAUAUGAUGCUAUAAAAUCAGUGUAUAUAGAAAAAUCUGUGGCUCGUUCAUUACUAAAAAGUUUUGAUGUGACGAUCACAGAUAAUGUAGUGGAUUAAUUGUUUACUUAUGUAUGUAAAAAACAUAACAAACCUAACGUUUUGUAAAUUUUUUUCAUAACAAUAAAAUGUCAUUUUUAAUUA